UAGUACGGCGCGUGGUGCAGCAUGGGCGCUUUAAAAAUGGCGGAUACCGCUGACUGAAAUCUCGUCGCGCACGAUGGUGGAGACCGGAGACACCGCGGAAACGUCCAUCGUCCGAUCCGCGAAGCAGGAGGGAAUCUACGCCGCAGUAUUUUUAAGCACUGUCGCGAGUAUUUCUGCCCUUGCUGGCUUUGCCAGAGCGAUAUCAGCAGCGAGAAGACAGGAUCCGAGAUACUUUGGAGAAGGACUCGCUGGUAUUAAAGGAGUUCAUGAAACUGGAGCCUCAUUGGCGAUACGAGCCCUUGGCUGGGGCUCGCUCUACGCUGUUACAGGAUGUAGUAUACUUUUCUAUGGAAUCUGGAAGAUCUCUGGAGCCACUAAUGCAGAAGAAUUUAGGUUCAAGAUGGGUUCCCUGCUACCAAAGAUACCUAAGAAUAAUCCACCUCAAAGCAGAACAGAGUUUGAAGGCUUGACAGACCUGUUGACGUACAUCUCUGAAGACUGGGGACAAGAUAAACGGAAAUAAAAUCGAUGUGCAUAUCUCCGUGACUGGAUUAUUGGUCACCACCGUCAACAUUUGGUAGCGUGCGAGUGGCGUGAUCACUUGAAGAUCAUACGAUUGUAUGCACGACCGUGAGUCACGCAUGAACUUACCGCACGUUAAAUAACGUAACGGAAAUGUUGGAAAAUUUUCAAGUUCUGUAAAAUUGUAUUAAAUGUUGUUACGAAUUAUACAGAAAUCUAUGGAAAACAAUUCCACGCACUUAUCAUAUUCAUUAUUACCUAAUAAAAAAGUCGUUAAAGGAAAGUAGAGUUAUAUAAAAUUAUAAUAAGCUAUUUAAGAAAAAAAAUGCUACGUCAUGUCAACUAUGUCAAUGUGUUCAAUCAAUAAUUAUUCACGGAAUUACAUCUU